AUGGCUACUUUUUCAAGACUACAUAAAAUCGCUCUCUUAAGUUUAGGCGCCGUAGGUGGUAGUUUAGCGUAUUAUACAAUAGGCAAAUCUGAAAAGAAAUUUGAUGUGCAAAACUCUUGGACUGUAAACUAUACUCCGAGUGUGAAAUGGGAAAAAAAUUGGGACCGUCGCGAACCUCAGUCCAUUGUUAAACCGGCAUCCCCGAGUAAACCAGAGGAUGAGAACCGAUAUAAUGAACAGAUUGAGAAGGCGAAAAGCAAAGCCGUCAGACAUUUGUUCCUCAUCAGACAUGGGCAAUACAAUCUCGAAGGAGCUACAGAUAAGGAAAGGGUCCUAACAGAGCUAGGUAGAAUUCAAGCAGAUCUGACUGGUAAGAGACUUGCCAGCUUAGACAUUGAAUGGGAUUUAUUAGUACGAUCCACAAUGACUCGAGCACAAGAGACUGCAUGUUUAAUAGCAAAGCAUCUACCUAAUGAUUUAGAAGUAAAAGAUUGUCAACUUAUUGAAGAAGGCGCACCCAUACCACCUGAACCCCCAGUAGGACAUUGGUCACCAGAACCCAAACAGUUCUUCCAGGAUGGGGCGCGGAUAGAAGCUGCCUUCCGACGCUACUUCUACAGAGCACCACCUGAACAGACUAAGGACUCCUACACAAUUCUCGUGUGUCAUGCAAACGUCAUACGGUUCUUUGUUUGCAAGGCUCUACAGUUCCCGCCCGAGGGUUGGCUGCGUAUAUCGCUCAACCACGGCUCCAUAACGUGGGUCUCAAUUCUGCCGAACGGGAACGUAGUUUUGCGAGCGCUGAGCGACACCGGCCACAUGGAGCCGAAACACAUCACCAGCCGCCGACCCCAAAAGACCUCCAAACGUCGUAAGAAUGAAAAAGCUCAACAGAGC